CCCCCUUAAAAGCCCUAGCCAAGAAUAAGAAAACCUUAAAGAAACCCUAGCCAAGAAAACCCUAAAUGGAUCAAUUUAGAAUCCCUUUAACCUUAGCCACAGUCAUUCUCUUGUCAUCAACAAUGUCAAGAACCCUAGCCCAAGCUCCGGCUCCGGCGCCGUCAGGGCCAACGAACAUCACGAAAAUCCUUGACAAGGCCGGGCAAUUCAAAACCCUAAUUCGACUCUUCCAAAUCACACAAAUCGGAGAUCAAAUCAACACUCAGCUCAAUAACUCGAAACAGGCCGGCCUGACCCUCUUCGCCCCGACCGACGCCGCCUUCUCUGGCCUACCCUCCGGCACCCUCAACUCCCUCUCCGACCAGCAGAAAGUUUCCCUAAUCCAAUUCCACAUCCUCCCGACCUUCCUCUCCAUGUCGCAGUUUCAAACUGUCAGCAACCCUCUUCGAACUCAGGCCGGCGACAGCGCCGCCGGAGCUUUCCCUCUGAAUGUCACCACUUCCGGCAACCAAGUGAACAUCUCCACCGGAGUUAACCAGGCCACCUUGGCCAACGCCAUCUACACUGAUAACCAGCUGGCUGUGUAUCAGGUGGACAAGGUUUUGCUUCCUUUGAGCCUGUUUGGCUCGCCGGCGCCGGCGCCGGCCCCCACGGCGGGGGGUGAAAAUUCGAAGAAGAAAUCGACCGGGGUGAGCAGCCCGGUGGCCGGCGGUGAUUCUCCAGCGGACACAUCUGACGCCGGUGGUAGUUCUGUCAGGUUUGGGGUUGUGAGAUUGGGGUUAAUGGCUGUGUUGGUGUACAAAAUCUGCUUUUUGUAACAGCAAAUGGAUGAUUAUCUUUGGAUCAUCGAAGGAAUGCAUUUGUGAUUGAAAGUGAGGGUCGAAGAGAGAGUUUUUUUGUUUUUUUGUUUUUUUUUUUUUUUUUGUGUCUUGAAACUCCAUUGUUGGAGUUUUCUUAUUUUUCUAUUCUUUUUGGAUUUCCAAUUGUGUAUUCCUAUUUUCUUUGGCUUUGUCAUGUUGGUUUUAAGAUUUUGUAUCAAUGUUGGUGAUAAAUAAUUUUGAUCUUGGAA